AGAUUGCUUACCCCCUCGCCAAGAAACAUCUCCCUCUCUAUAUAACAAACUCACCAUUUCAAUUCAAACCACACAUGGCAUUUUCCUACGAAUCUCUGCUGCCUGCACACCGCAUCCUGACGGCGGCAGCCUCCGCCGGCGCCUUCGCAAUUCUCCUCAAAUCCAUCGUCAGCGACCUCAUCCCCUACAAAUACCUUUCCUCAUCCCUCGCCAAGCUCUCGCGGCAGCUCACCGUCGUGGUCGACGAAUUCGACGGCCUCACCUCCAACCAAAUGUUCCACGCCGCCACCGUCUACCUCGCCGCCAGAAUCUCCGGCGCCACCAAGAGGAUCAAGGUGAACAAGCCCCCCAAACAGCAACACCUCGCCGUCACCGUCGACAAAAACCAGGAGAUGGUCGACGUCCACGGCGGCAUCCACUUCAAAUGGACCCUGCACUCCGUCGAACAGAGCGCCAAAAACGAGAGUUCCAGGUCAGAAGUGCGGUAUCUGGAGCUCAGUUUCAACCGGAAACACAGAGACUACGUGUUGCAGGUGUACUUGCCGUACAUCUUGGAGAUGAAGGAGGAGACGAGGAGUGUUAGGCUGCACACGGUUGACUACAACGGAACUGAUUACUGGAGCUCGGUGGUGCUCAACCAUCCGGCGAGGUUCGAGACGAUGGCGAUGGAUCCGGAGACGAAGAAAGGGGUGAUGGAGGAUCUGGAUAGGUUUGUGAGGAGGAAGGAUUACUACAGGAGGGUUGGGAAGGCUUGGAAACGAGGAUACCUGUUGUACGGCCCACCGGGAACGGGGAAGUCGAGCUUGGUUGCAGCCAUGGCUAACUACCUCAACUUUGAUAUUUAUGACUUGGAUUUGAGGGAGGUUCAAUGCAACUCUGAUUUGAGGAGGCUCUUGAUUGGCACCUCUAAUCGAUCCAUACUUGUCAUCGAGGACAUUGACUGCAAUCUCGGAUUGUUAAACAGGGAAACAGAUACUGCAGCAGCUGACCAAGACAAGAUAACCUUAUCUGCACUGCUGAACUUCAUUGAUGGGCUGUGGUCGAGUUGUGGGGAUGAGAAGAUCAUAGUUUUCACCACCAACCACAAGGACCGGUUGGAUCCGGCGUUGCUCCGGCCGGGACGAAUGGACGUGCACUUGGAGAUGCCUUACUGCAGAUUCAGUGGCUUCAAGAUACUUGCUUCCACCUAUCUCAGGAUCACCGACCACUUGCUCUUUCCGGUGAUUGGAGAGCUGCUCGAGAAAGUUGAGGCGACGCCGGCUGAAGUUGCUGGAGAGCUCAUCAAGAGCGAGGAUGCCGAUAUUGCUUUAUCAACCUUAGUUCAUUUCCUCAAGGACAAGGACAUUAAGAGAUCAUUUUAGUUACCUAUUUUGGCAUAGAUGAGUAAUUUUUUUUCCAGCCUACAAUAAAUUUGGAUAUCUUUAAGCAUUGUUCAAUAUUCUAGUUGAUGCAAAAGUUAAAGGAUCUUAUCUCACAUAAAA